AUGAAGCUUUCCAACGCCCUCCUCACCCUGGCUAGCCUGGCGCUGGCCAACGUCUCCACGGCUCUGCCGAAAGCCUCCCCUGCACCGAGCACCAGCAGCAGUGCUGCCUCCACCUCCUUCGCCAGCACCUCCGGCCUCCAAUUCACCAUUGAUGGCGAAACUGGCUACUUCGCCGGAACGAACAGCUACUGGAUCGGUUUCCUCACUGACAACGCGGACGUCGACCUCGUCAUGGGCCACCUGAAGUCGUCCGGCCUCAAGAUCCUCCGCGUGUGGGGCUUCAACGAUGUCACCUCGCAGCCCUCCUCCGGCACAGUCUGGUACCAACUGCACCAGGACGGCAAAUCGACAAUCAACACGGGUGCCGACGGUCUCCAGCGCCUCGACUACGUCGUCUCGUCUGCCGAACAGCACGACAUCAAACUCAUCAUCAACUUCGUCAACUACUGGACCGAUUACGGUGGUAUGUCUGCGUACGUGAGCGCGUAUGGCGGAUCCGGCGAGACGGAUUUCUAUACCAGUGAUACCAUGCAGAGUGCCUAUCAGACAUAUAUCAAGACGGUCGUGGAGCGGUACAGUAACUCCUCGGCGGUGUUUGCGUGGGAGUUGGCGAAUGAGCCGAGAUGUCCGAGUUGCGAUACUUCUGUGUUGUAUAACUGGAUUGAGAAGACGAGUAAGUUUAUUAAGGGGUUGGAUGCGGAUCGUAUGGUUUGUAUUGGUGAUGAGGGCUUCGGUCUCAACAUCGACUCGGACGGCAGCUACCCUUAUCAAUUCUCCGAGGGCUUGAACUUUACGAUGAACCUCGGUAUCGAUACUAUUGACUUUGGUACCCUCCACUUGUACCCUGAUAGCUGGGGCACCUCCGACGACUGGGGCAACGGCUGGAUCACCGCCCACGGCGCAGCCUGCAAAGCGGCCGGCAAGCCAUGUCUCCUGGAGGAAUACGGAGUCACCUCGAACCACUGCAGUGUGGAGGGCUCGUGGCAGAAGACAGCGCUCAGCACAACGGGCGUCGGCGCGGAUCUGUUCUGGCAGUAUGGUGAUGAUUUGAGUACCGGGAAGUCGCCGGAUGAUGGGAAUACUAUCUACUAUGGGACUAGUGAUUAUCAGUGCCUGGUGACGGAUCAUGUUGCUGCUAUUGGUAGUGCUUAA